AGGCACUGCGCGAAAGCCUGGGAACCCUUGGGCUGUCUGUUUCUUUUGCGGCCUGCAACUACUGCUGUGGGCAGCGCAGAAGAGAGGAGAUCCGGGAGACCCGGGUGAGACAGUGAACGAAUCCGAUUUAUUCUUCCUCUGCCUGGUUGAGUUGCAGGGACUGCACAGUGCCCGGGUCUCCCGCCCAAGAGGAGCCGCUGGCCGAGACCCGGGGCGUGCCCUGACUGUCCGCCAGCUGCUAUGGCCGACCACCUGAUGCUCGCCGAGGGCUACUGCCUGCUACAGGUGCCGCCGCACACCCACGGCCCGCACGCUCCCCGGACUCUGCAGCCAUACGCAGGCCCGGGCAUGGACAGCGGUCUGCGGCCGCGGGGGGCUCCGCUGGGACCGCCGCCGCCACCCGGGACCCUGGCAUACGGCUCCUUCGGGUCGCCGGUCUCUUUCCAGCCCUUCCCCGUCUCGCAGUCGCCGGGCGCCGGUAGCACGCACCUGCAGUCUGCAGCCACACCGUCCCCGGGCCGCAUCCCGGCGCCCCCGGCAGCCGCUGGAGGGCCCUCACCUCUGCAGCCGGCGCCCGGAGCCGCAGCCUCGUUGCCGCCGCCGCCGCCGCCACCCGCCCUGGGCUGCAUGGACACCGAGCUCAUCGACGAAGAGGCGCUGACGUCGCUGGAACUCGAGCUCGGGUUGCACCGCGUACGCGAGCUGCCGGAGCUCUUCCUCGGCCAGAGCGAGUUCGAUUGCUUCUCAGACCUGGGGUCAGCGCCGGCCGCCGGCUCGGUGAGCUGUUGAGAGCCACCACCCAGAGACACGGGACCUUGCGCCCGGUGGCCCGGCUCCCACACACCCUCCGUGAGGGUGGAGGCGCCUGGUUUUCGUGCCGAGACGGCUCCAGCCGAGAACACCUGCCUUGCCUCCAGGCUCUGCCUCCUGCCAGAUGACAGUUGGGUCUCGCUUCUCAUACCCAAGCCUCAGCGGUCUAAUGGAGGGAACUGAACCAGCCUUCGGAUUCCACGUUCUUGGAUUCUGUGCCCUCUUUCCGCCGCCUUGCCCCAAUCUGAGCCAUUACAGGCCUCUGCCUGACCUUCCUUCUCGAGCAGCCUACUAACCGGAUUGGGUCUAGGGAGCCAUCUCUCCGUACCCCCUACCUUCCCUGGGCCCCUGGCCCGGGGGAGGGAAGGAUUUUACACCUAACCCCUGCAGAGUGGAGCCAUGCUCCCGCUGGCCUCUAAAACCAAAAUAAAACUGGGUUGCUUUACAA